AUGGCGCCCCCCUCCACUCCGGCAGCCCAGUCCGACCGUGCCGCGCUCCUCAAGGCCUUCGACGAGGCUUGCACGGGCGUCCGCGGCCUCGUCGAGUCCGGCGUCUCCUCCGUCCCCGCGCUCUUCGUGCACCCGGACCCCUACGCCUCCGCGCCGCUCGCGCCCCCGGGCAUCUCCAUCCCCGUCGUCGACCUCUCACUCCCCGCGCCCGCCGCUGCCAAAGCCGCCCGCAGCUGGGGCUUCUUCCACAUCAUCAACCACUACCAAGCCCUCGGCGUCCCAGAGGACUACCCCGCGCGGGCGCUCACCGCCGUGCCCGCCUUCAACAAGCUCCCGGCCGUCGAGCGAUCCGCGCACUACGGCCGCUCCAUGACCGCCGCGCCCUUCUUCGCCACGUGGGACGCUACCGCGGCCGACCCCUGCACCUUCACCGGCGUCGCGUGCGGCACCGGCCGCGUCGUCACCGGCGUCUCCCUGAGAGCCCUGAACGUCUCCGCCGCGUCCGUGCCCUUCGCCGACCUCUGCGCCGCGCUGCCGUCCCUGACCACGCUGUCCCUGCCGGAGAACUCGCUCGGCGGCGCCAUCGACGGCGUCGUCGGGUGCGCGGCGCUCCAGGAGCUCAACCUCGCGUUCAACGGCUUCAGCAGCACGGUCCCGGACCUCUCGCCGCUCACCAGGCUCCGCAGGCUCAACGUCUCCUCCAACCUCUUCGCUGGCGCGUUCCCGUGGGCCUCGCUCGCCAAGAUGCCGGACCUCUCCGUGCUCGCGCUCGGGGACAACCCGUUCCUCGCGCCCACCCACGCGUUCCCCGCCGAGGUCACCAGGCUCACCAACCUCACCGUGCUCUACUUGUCCGCCGCCAAGAUCGGCGGCGCCAUCCCGCCGGAGAUCGGCAACCUGGUCAACCUCGUCGACCUCGAGCUCUCCGAUAACGACCUCGCCGGCGAGAUACCCAAGGAGAUCGCCAGGCUCACCAACCUCAACCAGCUCGAGCUCUACAACAAUUCCCUCCAUGGCGAGCUCCCCACCGGGUUCGGCGAGCUCACCAAGCUGCAGUACUUCGAUGCGUCCAUGAACAACCUCACCGGCAGCCUCGCCGAGCUCCGGUCCCUCAAGGAGCUCAUCUCGCUGCAGCUCUUCAGCAACAACUUCUCCGGUGGGGUGCCCCCGGAGUUCGGCGACUUCAAGGAGCUCGUGAACCUGUCCCUUUACAACAACAGCCUCACCGGCGAGCUGCCGGCGAGCCUCGGGAGCUGGGGGCGGUUCAACUUCAUCGACGUCUCCACGAACGCGCUCUCCGGGCCGAUCCCGCCGGACAUGUGCAAGCAGGGCACCAUGCUGAAGCUGCUCAUCCUCGAGAACAGCUUCUCCGGCGGGAUCCCGGCGACCUACGCGAGCUGCAAGACGCUGGUGAGGUUCCGGGUCAGCAAGAACAGGCUCACCGGCGAGGUGCCCGAUGGGCUGUGGGCCCUCCCCAACGUCAACGUGCUCGACCUGGCCGAGAACCAGUUCAACGGCAGCAUCGGCGGCGGCAUCGGGAACGCCACGGCGAUGACCUAUCUCAUGCUUGCCGGGAACAGGUUCGCCGGCGCGAUUCCGCCGUCGAUCGGCAACGCGGCGAGCCUCGAGAGCAUGGACGUGUCGAGGAACGAGCUCUCCGGCGAGUUGCCGGAGAGCAUCGGGAGGCUGUCGAGCCUCAACAGCCUCACCAUCGAGGGGAACGGGAUCGGCGGGGCCAUCCCGGCGAGCCUGGGUUCGUGCUCGGCGCUCAGCACGGUCAAUUUCGCCGGGAACAAGCUCGCCGGCGCGAUCCCCGCGGAGCUGGGCAACCUGCCGCGGCUGAAUUCUCUGGAUUUGUCCAGGAAUGAGCUGACCGGCGCCGUGCCGGCGAGCCUCGCCGCGCUGAAGCUGAGCAGUCUGAACCUGUCCGACAACCAGCUGACCGGGCCCGUGCCGGAGGCGCUCGCGAUCUCGGCCUACGGCGAGAGCUUCGUCGGGAACCCCGGGCUGUGCGCCACCAACGGCGCCGGCUUCCUCCGCCGCUGCGCGCCGGGCUCCGGAGGCCGGUCGGCGAGCGCCGCCGCGCGCCUGGUCGUUACCUGCAUCCUCGCCGCGACGGCGGUCCUGCUGGCGGCGCUGGGCGUGUUGAUAUACCUGAAGAAGCGGCGGCGCGCGGAGGCCGAGGCGGCCGCGUCCGGCGCGGGGAAGCUGUUCGCGCUGAAGAAGGGCUCGUGGGACCUCAAGUCGUUCCGGAUCCUGGCGUUCGACGAGCGCGAGAUCAUCGCCGGCGUCCGCGACGAGAACCUGAUCGGCAGCGGCGGGUCCGGGAACGUGUACCGGGUGAAGCUCGGGAGCGGCGCGGUGGUGGCGGUGAAGCACGUGACGCGGGCGGCGCGCUUGUCGUCGUCGGCGCGGUGGCGGGAGUUCGAGGCGGAGGUGGGGACGCUGAGCGCGAUCCGGCACGUGAACGUGGUGAAGCUGCUGUGCAGCAUCACGAGCGAGGACGGCGGCGCGAGCCUGCUGGUGUACGAGCACCUCCCCAACGGCAGCCUGCACGAGCGGCUGCACGGGCCGGAGGGGAGGAAGCUGGGCGGCGGGCUCGGGUGGGCGGAGCGGCACGACGUGGCGGUGGGCGCGGCGAGGGGGCUCGAGUACCUCCACCACGGUUGCGACCGCCCCAUCCUCCAUCGCGACGUCAAGUCCAGCAACAUCCUCCUCGACGAGGCCUUCAAGCCCCGCCUCGCAGACUUCGGCCUCGCCAAGAUCCUCACCGCCGCGUCCGCUAGAGUGGACUCGUCGGCCGGCGUCGUCGCCGGCACGCUCGGGUACAUGGCGCCGGAGUACGCGUACACGUGGAAGGAGGGCGGCGGCGACCUGGUGGAGUGGGUGUCGCGGCGGCUGGAGAGCCGGGAGAAGGCCAUGUCUCUGGUGGACGCGCGGGUGACGGAGGGUUGGGCCCGGGAGGAGGCGGUGCAGGUACUGCGCGUGGCGGUGCUGUGCACCAGCCGGACGCCGGCGAUGCGGCCGUCCAUGCGGUCCGUCGUGCAGAUGCUCGAGGACGUCGCCGCCGCGCGGGAGGACGACGCGCCGGCGGCCAAGCUCAUCCAGGUCAAGGUCGUCUGA